CGCCUCCCCGUCCGUCCCCGCCAUGGUGAUGUCCCAGGGCACGUCCACCUUCCUGGCCUGUUUCGCCGGCUUCUGGUUGGUGUGGGCCCUGGUGGUCAUGCUGUGCUGUUUCUGCAGCGUCCUGCAGCGCCGCCUGAAGCGGCGCGACGAGGCUCGCCCGAGGGAGCGCUGUCUCAGGACGGUGGAGACGGAGACUCCGGAAUGUCCCGCCGUCCCGGCCUUCGCGCCGGUUCCGCAAGCGUCCCCGGCUCCGAUGCCGAUGACGAUGGCGGUACCGCAGACCCAGCAGCAGAUUCCUCGGGAACCGCCGCCCUUCUCGCCGCCGCCCGUUCCGCUUCAACUUUCUCAUCUGUUACCGGAAGCCAACUGGGUCAGCAUGCCGGAAGCAGAUCUAACGGGGAACCCGCCUUGUUACGAGGAGGCGGUGCUGAUGGAGGACCCUCCGCCGCCGUACGCCGAAGUCCUGGUGGAACCGCGAGGGGGCUUGAAGCCCGCCCCCUCCCGGGACUACCAAGAGCCGAGCCCUGAGACGCGCAAGCCUCCGCCGCCGCCGUCGUCGUCGUCGUCGAUGUUCCCCGAACGGGGUUACUCCUCCCUCAUCCGUUUGCCUUCGUCGCAACGCUGGGACUCGCUGGGUCACCUCCUCUCCAACAUGGACCUGAAACCGUACAACCCGUACGAGCCGGUCCCGCCGGGCGUCGCCACGGCAACCAUGCCCCGUCAGGACACCAGGACUCAUCGCGACGGAGGGCGGAACCGGGGUCUCGGGGUCGGAUUCUCUGGGGGGAUCCGGGGUCACGCAGCGCGAGGACUGGAGCGCGGUUGCACCGCCUUGCCCCUAUUGGGGCGGAGCACCGCCGUCUAGGAUCGGGGUUCGCAAACAUUUGGACUCCAGGGGCCCCUUACGAGGAGAAUUUAGAGAUCAAGUGAAAUAGCAGACAUCUGUAAUUGACGCCAACCCAAAAAAAACCUUGUAAUUGCCUAUAGAUGCCACCAGAUGGAGGCAAAGCACCUCCCAUCAGUUCAACAUACGUCAACAUUGGCACCAAAAUAUCGCUAAGAUGGCGCCUAAACAUUAUUUAGAUGAGGCAUGGCUUUGGCCUGAGCUAAAAAAAUUGCGAAUGCCGAAACGCGAUUAUAUAUCCCUAAAGGUUACAGGAAUUAAAGUUUCCCAUAGUAGAGAAAAAUAA